AUGCCAUUGGAAUUACAGCCUGCUACAGAAGCCGACAUACACCGUGGUGUUGAGAUCGAGGGUAUCGCAUAUGGACCAAGUCCAUUCAGUGCGAUCCUCUUUCCCGGGCCAAUGCCGGCGGAUGCAAAAGAUGUUAGAGCCGAAGUCCUGACCAAACAGCUGCAUGAGGACUCAACGACCCGCUGGCACAAGAUUGUCGAUACCGACCUGCCGGAAGGCGAGGAGCAGAUGAUCGCUUGGUCAAAAUGGCACGUCUACACCAAAAAGCCUGAGCUGACACCUCGUGAGUUUGGACCUGGCUGCAACGUUGAAGCAUGCGAAAUGUUGUUUGGUGGUAUACAAAAGCAGCGAAUCAGAAUCCUAGGCGAUAGGCAUUAUGUUUACCUCCACAUGCUGCAGACCGAUCCCAAGCAUAAACGUCGUGGUGCCGGAUCGUUACUCAUCAAGAAAGUGCUCGAGGAAGCACAAAAACUGGGAAUCAUAGCAUACCUCGAAUCUAGUGAAGCUGGCCAUUCGCUAUACGCCAGCCUGGGUUUUAAGGAUGUUGAGUUGAUGGAACUCGAUAUGAGCAAGUGGGGUGCUACACAGACUCAUAAAACAUGGGCUAUGAUCUGGGAUCCUCAAAAGAAUUGA